AUGGGGACGACGAAGAGCAAUUCCACCUCAAAAUCUGACAUUGAUGUCCACGACGAAAACGACAACGACGUCAACAACACCUCUCUGGUGUUGAAUGUCUACGACCUCACCCCUCUCAACAAUUAUUUGUAUUGGUUCGGGUUUGGAAUCUUUCAUUCUGGCAUUGAAGUCAUUUUAACGGAGGAUGAUUUACACGGUAAAGAAUAUGGAUUUGGAGCUCAUGACUUCCCAGCAAGUGGAGUAUUUGAAGUGGAGCCAAAGAAGUGCCCUGGAUUUAUAUACAGAUGUUCUCUUACUUUAGGCCAAGUAAACAUGCAUCCUUCUGAGUUUCGAACUUUCAUUGAGAAUAUUGCCAAUGAGUAUCAUGGGGAUACCUACCACCUCAUAUCCAAGAACUGCAAUCAUUUUACGGAUGACAUUUCAAAUAGAUUGAGUGGAAAACGAAUCCCUGGUUGGGUGAAUCGUCUUGCUAGACUAGGUUCACUCUGCAGUUGCCUACUUCCUGAUUGUGUUGAAGUAACCACUGUUAAACAACUACCGGAAUACCACGACUGUUCAGAAGAUGAAAUUACUGAGUCUCUGUCGUCUGCAUCACCAAGUGCAUCUCACUCAACGUCAGCACUCGAGGAUGAUCAAGAAAAGGUCCUUUUGUCACCUUUGGUUUGUAUUUCUGGAGCGAUGGUCUUAGCCAGGUAA